UUCAUAAAUUAUAUUUGAAGUCGGGACUCGGGCAAGUGGUGGUGCUUGCAGAUCAUGUCGUCUGCUGAAACGGAUCUGUUGAUUUGGGGUUCGUACAACUUGUGAAGCGUCUGGAGGCUUUAACGUGAGAUUCACCGACUUAACGCUAACAUCUGCAAAGACAGUUUGGAGCCUCAUUAAAACUGGGUAGAUUUUAAUGGUAGAAGAUAUCUGUGAUGAGACCGUGACUGAGCCUUUUUUCUGAGUUUGGUCCUGAUUGAAGACAGAAUGGCCACUGCCAAGAAAGCUUCAUCUAAAACGGGGGGUGUUCGCUUUGCCCAGGAACCCGCUGCUGCCGCCACUCACUCUCAUGUGCAUUUUGAUGAGAAACUACACGACUCCAUCGUCAUGGUUAUACCAGAGUCAAAUGGAAAUUUCCUGGUUAAGGUGGGCUUCCUUAAAACUCAGCACAAGUAUGAGAUUGUGUUUACGUUGCCUGAGGUGCCAGGGCUUGGGAAAGAUGUCUGUCCGGCCCCCAUCCCAAAUCCACACCUCCGGAUCACUAAUUUAACCAAAUCUCCAGAUGGAGGUCUAAGGGUGACGUGUGAAUAUAUGGCCCAUCAGGAGGGAGUGAUGAGUGAGGAGCUUCAGAUUGUUAGUGAGAGCAAAGAUGAUGUGUUUGUGAAGGUCAAAGUUCAUGCCCGUGUUAUGGACCGUCACCAUGGGACUCCCAUGCUGCUGGAAGGCGUGCGAUGCAUAGGAGCAGAGCUAGAGUAUGACUCCGAGCAAAGCGACUGGCAAGGAUUUGACUAAACGCUUAAACCUCAUAGACUUUCUAAUCAGUGCUAUCAUAUCUGCUAUGUGGGUGGGGGUAUUGCUAGUUGCUCAACAAUCUGUAGUAGAACCCAGUCAAGGCUUCUUUUGUCUGCACGCAGCAUUUCAGAACACUGUGGUUACUAGUUUGUUCUUAAUGUUACAAUGAAUUGCCGGAAUGAUAUGUUUAUUGCAGCUCCCUGUGAUUUGUCUCUUUUUUUUCUUUUGUUUUCAGUUUCGCAAGAAAACAAUCAAGCAGUGUGUUAUUCUCUAACUGAAUUCCAGUGUAAUGGUUGAAUGUUUUUUUUUUUCUUUGUUUAUUACUGUACUUUGUUGCUCCAGGCUGAUGUUAUUAAUACUGGAUAAUCGAGUUAUCUCUUGGGAAUUCUUGAACUGAAUGUGAGCCAAACAUAGGAACUGUGGGUGCUACAGACCACAAAAUCAAUUCUGUAUCAUGAAACUUUUUGCCAUUUGUUGUUGAAAUGGAUUCAAGUAAAUCAUUUGGAUUCAUCACUUAAAAAACAAAUGUUGGUCUUCAUGAAAAUGAUUGUCACUCUAAGGGCUGUUCGAAACUUUUGGCAAUGUAUUUGUCUUUUGUUUGUUACAUUGGUCCCCAUUUGUAGAGUGUAGGUGCCUAACAUUAUGUGCUUGUCUAUUUCUUUUAAUGCCAGCAUGUCAUUUUGUAUCCAUUUCACGCUGAAUGUUGCAGGCCUUAAUGAAAUGUCUCUGUUUGAAUUCAUUUAACCGUAUAUGUGACGUCCCUGAAUUUCUAAUUAACUACUAAAAAUAUGAAUAUGAAAUCUAGCCUACCUUUCAAAAGGUGAAUGUUCUUGAAAUCUGCAGUCUACAUGUUUAAUACAUGUUACAUUUCUAUUAGUUAUAUGUAUAUCUCGAUCAGCCACAACUUUAAAACCACCUGCCUGAUAUUGUGUAGGUCCCCCUCCUGCCACCAAAACAGCGCCAACCUGCAUCUCAGAAUAACAUCGAGAUGAUAUUCUUCUCAUCACUUUUGUAAAGAGCGGUUAUCGGAGUUACUGUACACUUUAUCAGUUCAAACCAGUCAGGCUGGUUUGACCUCUUUCAUCAACAAGACAUUUCCAUCCACAGAACUGUCACUCACUGGAUGUUUUUUGUUUUUGGCACCAUUCAGAGUAAAUUCUAGAGACUGUUGUGUGUGAAAAUCCCAGAAGAUCAGCAGUUACUGAAAUACUCAAACCAACAAUCAUCUAUGAGGUUAUCUAAUCACGCAGAGGUUAUAAAAUCACGCAGAUACAGUUUAGGAGCUUCAGUUAAUCUCAGUGAUUUCGACCGUAGCAUGAAUAUUGGUGCCAGACGGGCUGGUUUGAGUAUUUCUGGGAUUUUCACACGGAACAGUCUCUUGAAUUUACUCUGGAUGGUGCCAAAAACAAAAAACAUCCAUUUGAGGGGCAGUUCUGUAGAUGGAAAUGUCUUGUUGAUGAGAGAGGUCAACAGAGAAUGGCCAGACUGGUUUGAACUGGCAAAGUCUACAGUAAAUAAGAUAACCACUCUGUACAAUUGUUAUUAGGAGAAUAUAAUCCCAGAAUGUUAUUCUGAGAUGCGGGUUGGCGCUGUUUUGGCGGCACGAGGGGAACCUACACAAUAUUAGGCAGGUGGUUUUAAUGUUGUGGCUGAUUGGUAUAUAUAAAUAAAAAAGGUUUCUUCCAGUCUGCUUUGUUUGACGGCUUAUCUUAAUUCUCUCUCUCUCUCAAAAUGAUCUUUUACUAUAAAUAAAUAAAGUUGCUUUUUGAGUUGAAAUGCUUGUAAAAUUAUUUGUGCAGUAAAAUUACAUUGAACAUCCA